UAAAAUGGCAGAGAAGCUGUUGUUGAUUGACACUGAUUGUGGAGUGGAUGAUGCUCAAGCUAUAAUGAUGGCUCUUGCGCAGCCAACAGUUCGGGUUCUGGGAAUCACUUGUUGCCAUGGAAAUACAAGCAUUGACAAUGUGUGCAGAAAUGUACUGCGAGUUUUAAAAGUAUGCAAUAUAUCUAAGAUUCCUGUGUAUCGUGGAGCUUCCUCUUCGCUACUUUUAGAAAGCACAAUCACUACUGACUACCAUGGGCCUGACGGUUUAGGAGGUGUUCCUGAUCUUGAAGCUCCUGGGCUGAACUACUUACAGAAGGAACAUGCUGUAACUGCCAUGAUACAAAUCGCCUCUCAGCACGCAGGCAAGGUCUCUUUGGUUGCUCUUGGACCCUUGACUAAUCUUGCAUUAGCGGUGAAAAUAGAUCCGACCUUCCCUAAGAAGCUGAAAGACUUGUACAUUAUGGGAGGAAACACAGAAUCCAGGGGAAAUGUAACAGCUUGUGGGGAAUUUAACUUCUCGGUUGAUCCUGAAGCAGCAUAUGUCGUCCUGAGUGAGUAUAUCUGCCCUACGUACAUUGCUACAUGGGAAUAUGCAUGUCGACACAGACUCCCCUGGGAAUUCUACGAAAUAUGGGUGAGCCAAGACACAGCAAAGGCUAAGUUCAUGAAAAAGAUCUUUGAACACACUAUAAAGUAUUCUAAAAGUGAACAUGGUCUUAAGGAGCUAGUCCUUGGGUCUGGAUUUGUGUCGUGUGAUUCCUAUGCCAUGGCUGCAGCAAUAGAUGACAACAUAGUAAAAGAAUACAUAGAGUGUGCUGUAAGUGUGGAGCUGAAUGGAAAACUGUCUAGAGGAAUGAUGGUUAUGGAUUAUCUUGAGCUGCUUAAGAAAGAACGAAAAGCAUUUGUCAUGAAGUCCUGUGACAUGGAAAAAUUUAAAGCUAUUGUGAUGGCUUGUUUGAAAUAAUGUUUACUGCUGUUUCAUGUCCAACUGUUUUCAAGAAAUGACUACCUACUUAUAAACAAGAUGUGACAAUAGUGUCAGUGACAGAAACACAGUGGACCAUUAAUCCUAAUUUCAGACUAAUGUCCUUAAUCUAAUUCACUGAGCAUCUUUUUGGAUAUUAAAUAUUGACCAGUUCCUCAAGAGUGUCUGCUUCCCAUCUGAUAAAUAUUAACAAAUUUUAAUCAUUAAACUGACUGUUUUUAAAAAUAUGUCUUUUAUGUUUACAUUGCACUUUAUACAUUUUUAAAUAACAUAAAACUGGAUUAUUUUAAGUAAAGUAAUAGCCUUGCCCUGACUUGUAACAGAAAUACAGUAUGCUGCUCUGUUUAAUUGACUAUUAACUGAUUGGCAGCUGUUACACAUUUUUAAUGUUUAUGGUUGCUAAGUAUCAUCAGAAAAAUACUUAAGUAAUGAAAAUACUACCUUUUUUAAUGUUUUUAUUAAAUUCUGCUGAAACAUAUACUACAAUGUACAUAUUCUUUGUUUCUUUGUAUAAUAAAUACAAAUGGCUACAGUA